AUGAAAAUCAACGUUUUGAGCUGUCUUUUUUUGGCUGCUACUGCCAAAGCCAUGAUACUUUCGAGCAGUUCAGAUUCCAUAUCCAUACUAGAGAAAAGACAAACUCCUCCAAAUGAACCGAAUCCGUCAACCAGCCAACAAUCGCAUCCGUCAACCAGCCAACAAUCAAAUCCAUCAAACAGCCAACAAUCGCAUCCAUCAAACAGCCAACAAUCGCAUCCACCAACCAGCCAACAGUCAAAUCCACCAAUUAACCAACAGUCGAAUCAAAAUAAUGAACUAUUUAAACCAUAUUCUUCAAAAGGACCAUUUCGUCACAUCCUUGAUGGAGCACCACCAUUAAAGGCUAGCGAUUUCGGCUAUGAUGAUGACGGAACACCUUUGGAUAAAAAUGAUCCUAGAUGUAAGGAACUGUCUACAACUGAACGGUGUAUUCGUGCUGCUGAUGAAAUGACUCCAUCAGCAGUGACGAAUAACAUGAUACUAAAAAAACUACUGAGCAAACUACAAAAGUGCCAGGAGAAAUACGAGCGGAUGGAGCUGCGCUUUAAAAGUUAUAGUGAAAACCUAAAUCAACAGAGAUCAUCCCCAUACAAGCCGCAUCGAAAGAUCACUUUUGAAAAACUCGAGGCUCAAGCUCAGAAAUGCGGAGAGUUAGUAGAGGAAGUUGAAAAAAUGAUGGGCAAGAUAAAACAAGAGAUGCAUAUUAUUGUGCAUUACAACAAGUUGGCCGCUUGGUUUGAAAAAAAACCUCGUAGAUAG